AGUGUGUUUGUAAGAAUUGUAAGAAUUCGUGUCGGUUUUUGGCUGUAAAUUAUGAAGAACCUAAACAAGGAGGGCCAUUCUCUCGAAAAUGAAGCAGAAGAGUCAUCAGUAUUUGUAUUUGACCGCAGAGAAGGAAAUAAUCCCGAGAAACGUGUCAUUUUUGGAGGCAUUUUCAAGUUUGCCGCCUUUCGGGAGAAAGUGUGCCAGGUUCUUCAAAUACMUCAAAGGGAUGAAUUUGUUCUCGUAAAUACCAACAGGGAGCAGAUAAGUGAUGAUAAGUCAUACGAAGAGUUAGUAGAAGACAAAGAAACUAUAUAUUUGUUGAAAUCCCUUGAUCAAGAACUCACAGCACCUACCCAGGAAAGAGUMGUGUUUAUACCUCAUUAUGAUACUCUGGUUAAAAGUGGGAUGUAUGAAUAUUAUGCUAGUGAGGGCCAAAAUCCAUUACCAUUUGCGUUUGCUGAGCUUAUUGACAAUGCCUUAGCAGCUACAGCGGGUAAUGAAGAUAGCAGGAAAGUGGAAGUUAGGCUGAUGUUUGAUGACACAACAGGAAAACAUGCAGUUUGUGUAUUAGACAAUGGAGGAGGAAUGACACCAAGGGAAUUAAACAACUGGGCAAUUUACAGAUUAUCUAAGUUUAAUCGAAAAACUGCAAAAAGGCUUGAAGACAGAGAAGUACCACGAUCUUUGAACAGUGACAUUUCGUACUUUGGUGUUGGAGGCAAACAAGCUAUCUUCUUUAUAGGAAAUGCCACUAGAAUGAUUACAAAAACUAAGGAUUGCUCUGAUGUCCACGAACUAUGCAUCUCUAAAGAAGAAUUUGAAAGAAGAGAGAAAAACAAGGAAUCAAUUUACAGUGGUACCAUCAUGAACAGACGUCCAGGGGAUGCUAGCCAUGUSCCUCAAGAUGAAGACAGUAUUUGUAAACUAAUCCAAGAAGARGUCAGUCAUACUAGCUUCACAGCUGUGGUUAUAACUGGGGUUUCAUCUCAACAUAGUCAAUACUUAAAGACACAGUUUAACCAAUGGUGUCAACAGCUAGCGCAUAUCUAUCACUAUUAUCUUCAUGGUCCUAAAGGUAACGAAGUGAAUGUUACCAGAUCUAAUGAUGACUUCAAAAAUAUUGACAUCAAUGUUGUCCUACAUGAGAAAGGCAAGCAAUCUAAGAUAAAAGAACUGCAUACAGUUGAUGAUGACCUGCAAACCCAGUACAUAAGAACAUCUGCAUCCUCAUUUGAAUUUCGUGCUCAUGUGGAGAAUGCUGGCUGCAUUGAAGGGUUAUUACGCUACCAUCCAUUCUUGUAUGACAAAGAAACAUUCCCUAUGUAUGACUCAGAACAAAAACCAGUUGAAGAUGUCAGCCAUCUGGCACCUGCUGAUGACCCAAUGGACAUUAUAGAUAAGGAAACCAAUGGACCUAGAGGAUAUCGUCCCAUCUUUGAGUGUUACUGGAAUGGUAGACUGAUACCCUAUACAGCCAUUGAUGUGUUGGAAUGGUGUCAGCCACCCAAGAAAAGAACCAUAAUCCCUCAAGAAUGCUACAAUAGAUUUUCUGGUGUUUUGUGGACAAAUGAUGCUUUCCAGGUCAGCACUAACAAACUAACAUUCAUGGACCUUGAAGUAAAACUAAAGGACAAGACAACUACUUUUAAUAGAGUGGUAACAGGACAGGAGCAAAGAGUCCACAUAUCCAAGGCCUUCCAAGACUGGAUAAAAGAGUGUCAUGAAAACCAUGAUAAACAGAUCAAAUUCUUCAGUUUCCAAGGUCAAGUUAAGAGACCAGAAUUACCUCAGAAAAGAAACCAAAGCCCAUGGUCUGUGUUUCAUGCCAUUGAGUGGGAUGGAAAAGUGUUCAAGGCUGGUCAACUGAUGCGAACCACCCGGACAAUUCCUCAUUUCUGUGGGACAGUAAAAAGAUUUUUGCUUUUUGGAGAUCAUGACRGUGAUGUGUUUGCAACUGGAGGUCAGAUAGAAAUUGUGCAGGAGCCUGUAUCUUUGUAUGGUGAAACUAAAGUCUUUCCAUUAGCUAAAYUAGACAGGACACUAACUGUUGCACAAGUGAAGAAGUUUGUUGAAGAAGAAGAAUGUAAGCUGCCCAGCAGGUUAACCAUCGCUUGGCCUGAAGGAAAUAAACUUGACAAUAACUCUAAAUUACCAGCAGGAACCACCAUAGGUGCUAUGAAGGUAGAUAUAGUCAAUGGUAAAGGUGAACCAAUCAAUAAGUUACCAGGAGACAGAAGGAAGUUACUGGUAGAAAUGAAGGUUAUUUGGCAUGGCUUAGAAAAGGAAGCAGAUAAAGUAAUAACCAAUCUUGUGUGUCAACAUGGAGGCAAGAAUUGGCCAUACUGGUUCAGAAAAAUGGAGAACAUUACCCAACUUGGUCCCCACACACUGUCACUACAGGUGAUUGUUAGUGAAAGCUCUACAGUUCCAGUGAUGAAAGGMCUUCCAUCUCACCGUAUCAAAUUUACAGUUACAGAGGCCAAACCUGAUAAGUUUACCUUUGGAAUGCUUGACAACCCACUUCGUGUAGGAGUACCCUUCCAAAUUCCUUUAAAUCUUUUUGAUGAGUUYAACAAUCCAUCCAGGUUUUCUGAGAAUGUAUCUCCAACCCUCCAUUCAAGUGGUCUUGAGCUGAGCUUUAGUGGGCUAUCUUCAAAGGGAAACAGUCUGUACAUCAAAAAUGUAGUUGCUAUUGGAACAAUUCCAUCWCAYGCUGGAAAGGAUUUCAGUCUUAAAGUGACUCUUCCUGGUUUGGAGGAAGAUACGCAAAGCUUAAAGAUGAGACUUUUACCAGGUCCACCAAGUAAACUAGUAGUCACACCACCUUCAUCAGAGAUAACGAUAGAAAAUGGUGACCCAUUGGAUAUCCAUGUACAAGUACAAGACAAAGCUGGUAAUACUACAGUCAGUCCUAGACUUAAUGUUAUCUGCAAGUUAAGUGGUCAACCYAGUCUUCCUACGUACUCAGCUGAUUGCAGUUCAUCAGGGAAAUGUGCAUUAACAGGUCCYAAUAUUUCCCUUCAAUUGUCCAAUAACAAACCAAUGAGACUCAAAGCCAAGAUUGAACUACAGCACCAUAAGGAUGUUACAGCUAUCGACAAGACUAUUAUUGUUACUCCCAGUAGAAAGGCUGGUCAGAUUCAGGUAUUCCAGGAAGCACCAGACAAACAGAAAAUUAAGAUAGAAGAUGGACAGGAUAUACAGUGUGUGGCUGGUAAAACUAUCUCUGGUUUGAGUUUUAGGAUUCUUGAUGAAGGGCAGAGAGAACUGAGUAUUGAUAAUACACUYAUGAACAAGUUGAAGGUUAAUUGGGUCCAAAAAGUUCCUAAAGAUAUGCUUAAGGAAGGACAACUUCCAGAUGUCAAAACACCUACAGCUAUCACAGAAACCAAAUACUGUCAAAUUAACAUGAUUGGCUCUGUUGGACUAGACUUCUCUUUCACAAUCAAACCAAUACCAGAUGAUCCAUACAUGUUGAAGUCUAGCUGUGCAAAUCCUAAAGUAAGGUUUGGUGAGGCUUUACAAGCUGAUAUCAUUGCUAUUAUUACUGACAAACAUGGCAACAAGAUAACUAAGUUGCCUCCAGGAGCCUUGAAGCUAUUCCAUGUAUCGGCACCUGGUCUCAAAGAGAAAGAAGUAGGCAUUGGAGUAUCACAGGUAKGUAAACUGUCUUUAAUUUGCAAUCCUUCACUCAAGSCAUUGAUAUUAAUUUAUUUGUCCAUUUAGGUAAUUGCAGGUCCUCCAGCUAAACUAGCAUUGGUAAACAUUGACACUACAGAGGAUGUUAAAAUAGUCCUGUUAACUGACAAAGGGAUUAAGCUGAAUCCAAGUCCAACACCAAUCAAAACCAAUGCUAAAGGACAAGCUUCCUUUGGACAACCAGUGGUAACUGCAUCAAGAGGUGUAUACAGCUUUCGCAUCAAAGCUCUUUGUCCACCAAGGUCAACCCUUGAAGCACCUGUAAUAACUGUAAGAGUUCAGCCAGAUCCUUCCAAGCCUGUGGCUCUCAAUGUUACAUUUGAUAGUAAUGCUGCUUGUCAAGUAGGAGAAUUGUUACCAGUGGUUACAGCCAGUGUAACUGCAGAAGAUGAAACAGUACUUAAGUCAGCCAGUGCUAAAGACUUGGUUCUCAAGAUCUGGAAUACUAAAGAUGGACCACCCUCAGAGAAGCCACCACCAAGAGCCACUACUCUUUACCCAUCCAGAAAGGCACAGGGUGAUAAAGAAGGGGUUUUUGCUUUUAGGGACCUCAAAGUACCUGAUGUCUCUGGUCCUCAUUGUAUGGUAGUGCAGUAUGGACCUGGAGGUGCCUUAUGUUUGACUAGUAAAAUGAUAACUUUUUCUGCUGAAGCUGGGCCUCCAGUUCGCUUAGAACCAGAAUCAGUACCACCAACCCCAACUGUGUCCAAUACUAAUAGACAGGCUAGUAGAUGUCUGGUUAAGACCCUGCAACUCAAUCUUAAGGACAAGUUUGACAACAAUGCAGGUGAAAAUCUUCAAGGCAAAGUGUUGAUAAGAGUUACCAGUCCAGUUGAUGGUAUUGAUGAAAUCCCAUCACUUGCUAAUGCWUCUCGACAUAACCAGAUAGAAGUACCACUUUUAAAAGGCAUGGCAACAGUACAUAAUGUGUACAUCCAGGAAAACACCAAUGGCAAAGAUGGACAGGAAUAUCUACUGAAUUUCCAAGCCUUACUAGCAGCCAAGGCUGUUCCUCACCCUGUUCCUCCCUUUACUCUAGCUUUUCUAUUCUAUAAUGAUGUUCGCAAGCAGCAGCAGAUGGCACAGCUUACCAAAGAAAGAGAUCACUUAUUUGAGACAAUCCGUACCUACAGGUCAUUAUUUGACACUACAAGACAACUUAUCCAGGAAAUGAGAGUAUCUGUGCAUGAAGCAGCUCAACAAGAACAAAAACUUAAAGGCGAACUUAAGAAACAGCAUAUCGCUGAYCARUAUUUACAGUCKACACAAAGCRUGGAUGCAUUUCUCACAGUUUUAACAAAAAAGAGACAAGAUAUUUCUAAAGCACCUCGACGACAAUGUAAUUUAAAUCCUGGACCAAGAGGAGAUCCUGAGAUUCUUGGAAAGGUUGCCCAUCUUGCACAAGUUGAAGAUGAUGAUGUAGCACGUGUGUUAUCAUGGCACAUGGCUAGUGACAUGGACUGUGUAGUAACACUGACUACAGCAAAGGCUAAAGAAGUCUACAAUGAAUCUAAUGGUCAACAACAGGUCCUCCCUCURGAUUCAAUCUACAAACAGAGAUUGCCAGAAUGGUCCAGACCUCUUCCUCACAUUCGAAAUGGACCACGUAACUACAGUCCCCCUGGGAACCCUGUGUAUGCAAGGGACAAACUGAUYUUUCCUAAUGAAGUUGAUAACUGUAGAAUAGUGUUUGGUAUGCUUCUUGGUGAUACUAUUAUCUUAGAUGACUUGGACUGCGCAAAUAAAUACAGACAAGAGGUAGUGAAGCACACUCAUUGUCCCACCAUUCUGACAAGAACAGGGGAUAGAAUACGUAGCAAUGGCAAGUUUGGUGGUUUACAGAACAGGGCUCCAUUAUUAGAGAGGAUGCGAGGUGCUGUWUUUGCUGCUCCUGUUCCUGCUACAUACCGUACAUUAUCAACACAGAUAGAUCAGUUACAAGCAUACAAACAAGCACAGAUUAAACAUCAACAGGCUAAGGGAGAUCUGGAGAUUCAGUUACAACAAGGUCARACACCAGAGAUGAACAUCAAACACCAAGAAUGCCAAGAAGCAGAGAAUCAACUACGUAUGAUAGAAGAACGUCUUGGUAUGACUCCCACACAGUAUGACAUGCCGGCCAGCCCUGCCACUAUGUUACAUACAGAACUAAGCACACCAUUGAGUAGAAGUGCCAUUGCUUUAAGAAGAGCUCAGGGAUCAUCAGCAACACCUACACGCCCUGUAGUUAAUGGUAACGCCACUCAAACUAGAACUAGGAGAGCUACACCCUUGAACUCAGAAGAUCCAAGAAGUAAAAGACCCAGAAGAGUGUAAACAGACUGUAUAUAUUAAUAUUUUCAAAAUCUUUGUUGUUUUUAUAAAUAUUUUGGUAUAAUUUAUAAGCCCACUGCAGCUGAUAUGUUUUUUUUUCUAGUCCACAUUAUUUCCAUUACUUUGUCAGUGGGUCUUUAUAGGCAAUGGUAUGAUUUUCCUUUGGUGCCCAAUUUUUCCAUAAAAUAAAUUAGGAAGUUAAGGGGAACCACACUGUUGACUUAGUAAAAGACCCACAAAAUAACGGACCUAUAGGAAUGGAACCUGACUGAACAAAAAAUAAUUCCAAAUUUUUUCCUUGUUAUAUUAAUUGUGAAAAAACACAGAGUGAAAUGAUAAGUGAAUAAUAGUGUAUUCUACACAAAAUAAGUAACAACUUUGACCAUUUAGAGUGUACUAAGUUGUAAUAUUCUAAUAACUAUUUCACAGGUUUUUCAACUUWACUAUUACGCUAGUGAUUUUUAUCAGGAUGUGAAAGAUCAACUAGUUGAGAUAAUUACAUGCACACUUUACCUGUAAAAACGUUAUGGGURGUAGACAGCUAGAACCAGACCAUAUUUUGAUUGUUUUCCUUUCCAAAACCAUAACAAAUUUUAAUAGUAAUUAGAUAGAGCUUUUUGCGUUUGCAUUCCAAGCCCCAUAUUUUGGGAAAUUAAGCUUUUUCAUAAAUAAACAGUUAUAGUAACUGUGUUACAACCCAAAACAAGUGAAUAUCAAAAUUAUAUWCUUUUGCUAUGGUUCUUGAAUUCCCUGUUAUAAAAGUAUAACAAUUAAAAGAUGGGCUUACAUACUUUGAUAUUGGAAAAUAAUCAAUAAAAUGGAGAGUUUUUUUUCUGUCAUCGUUUGUUGAAAAGACUUGUUUUCCACUGACUGUCAAGACUGACUGUCAUCAUUUUCUUUUUACAUUGGACAGUUAAGUUGUAGUUACUAUUAUAAAAUAUUCAAAGCAGCUGUCAAAYCAACUCCAUAUUAUAUUUACAUUACUGUAAUACUUUAUACUUACAUACAUUAUACUCAUUGUUGCAUUUCAUUAUAAAUUGUAUAAUACUGCUUUUGUACAUCAAUAAACUUGCCAUUUUAUAA